GCAUACUUGUACACAUGUACGUAUAUUAUAUAUUCGCGCCGUUAGUUUAAGUUUCCCGCCGGAUAAAGUAUCUUUCGUUGAAUUUCCCCUCAACGUCUUUUCUUUGUCCGGCGGUUCGAACGAAAAUCACGGCUUUAGAUUUUUUUCACUUUCACAUCGGGAGACCAAGGAGAAAGAACUGCAGCUACCAGGCCACAUUAUUUUCAGGUAAAACCAUUGUAAACCAACAUAUCUAAAUCAAAUCAAAAUACUUGGAGAAUUAAUAAAACCAUUAAACUAAACCGAGUUUUAUUUGUCUUUUUUUCCUAUUAUUUUCAAACCUCAUUGUGACCAUUUUGCGCACCACACCUGAGCCGCACUGCGUCACACUGACGUUUUUAUUGGUCCUUAGGAGCCGUAAAACCAACAUACAGUCCACAUUAGAAGAAAAAGCGAACCCAAGAAGUAAUUGAGCCACUUCUACGAAAAAGGAAUUUGGUCACAUCAAGCUGCACAUAACAGCGAUCCUGCUACAGCCACAGCCACACUAAUUCGUGCCACGAACCAGAAAAACACUGAUAACAUCAUCGUCCAACAAGCAGUUUCACCAGCUACUAGGAAACUAAGAGGAAACGAUGUCUCAAUUUGCCGCAAUGAGGAAAAGGGCCGAACAGCGCGCCCAUCGCUAUCCGCAACCAUGUCGCCUAUGCGACGCAAAUCAUCCGAUCAGGCUUUGCCCUUUGUAUCGUGCGAAGUCGCCAGAGGAAAGAUUGCGUGAGGCCUUACUAGGACGCUACUGCGCUAAUUGCCUCGCGAUGAAUCACGAAUUAAAAGACUGCGUGAGCGAAGGCAGAUGUAAACGAUGUGGCGAAAAGCACCACUCGACACUACAUUUCGAGGAUGAACCCAGCACAUCGAAAAAGUCAUGGGCCCAACAGGUGGAGGAGGAAGAAGAAAAUUCCGAUGGUGUAAUCUCGCUACUUGCGUCCGAUUCUGGAACGGAAACGCGGCCUUUCCGUCCAGAUACCGAAGAAGGUGCACUUUCAGGCGAUGUAGCGGAGACUCGGCCUCUCCGCGCAUUCGCAGAAGGGGGAUCGGAAACUAGGCCUUUUCGACCCCUAUUGCAGCACGAGCGGAACCGGUUACGUGGAGCGGAAACCAGGCCUUUCCGCCUGCGUAAUCCCAGACGCAAGUCCUCUCGACGCACACAAAAGGAAGGUAGACUGGCGACUCGGCCUCACCAGCUAUCGAAACGACGUACGUUCCGAAACGGAAUCUUGGGUCACCAUACCAUAGCUGCGCCAACACUUCAACCAAUGAUCGCUAUCGCUCCGACUGCAGUCGUUAAAGUAGAAGCUGGAGGGCGCCUACAUUUGAUCCGCGCGCUUGUCGACGUAUGUUCCCCUCGAACUAUAAUAUCACUUGACUUAGCCCGAGAGUUGCGCCUGGACGAGACGCGCGUUAGCGGAGAAAGAGGUUGUCUGUUAUGCUUACGGGGAAAAUAUGGGCAAAAUAAACGGGUAGCAACUCACGCUAUUGCGCUACCCAAUUUUAGCAGAAUAAGCCCAUCUAGCAACGCGGAUGCCUCAGUGGCUGAGCCGUACGCGCAUAUACGCUUAGCGGACCCUCGCUUUUAUGCGUCCGCACCGAUACGCGUGAUCCUGGGAACCGACGUUUACGCAGAUAUUUUAUUACCUGGGACACUGCCCACAACAUUUGGACCACUGCUCGCCCAAAGCACCAUAUUUGGUUGGGUGCUGUCCGGGGUCUCUAGAGCGUAACUUUCCUUUUUUUACAUACAUACAUUACAUCUAAAUUAUCAUACUCUAAAAUGAAAUAAAAUAAUGAAUUUAAAUAAAGUGCAUUUGAAAAAGUAACCACGUACAUUUCCUUAAUUACCACUUAUAUUUACAUCUGCAGUAGCACUCCAUAAAGGAAGGACGAACUCUACCUUAAUGAAUGCCGACGCUGCUGCCUGAUUUGAUCAUUAACAUCAAGACAUAGAAAACAUUUGUUUGUAAAAACCAUGUGCGCUUGGUAGCUGAAACGCGGCCGAUAUUUAGAUGUUGCUUACCGCAAGGGGGCCGGGAUGUUUAGGCCUUAAGCCUAAAUAUUUCCAAAUAUAAUGCACCACCCUAAUGUGUCAUUCACAUAUGUGUACAUUUAUGCAUGCAUACUUGUACACAUCUACGUAUAUUAUAUAUUCGCGCCGUUAGUUUAAGUUUCCCGCCGGAUAAAGUAUCUUUCGUUGAAUUUCCCCUCAACGUCUUUUCUUUGUCCGGCGGUUCGAACGAAAAUCACGGCUUUAGAUUUUUUCACUUUCACAUCGGGAGACCAAGGAGAAAGAACUGCAGCUACCAGGCCACAUUAU